UUUAAAUAGACAAUAAUGGGCACAGUUUAUUGUGCAUUACCAAAAGCAAUAAUGGAAGUUAUAGUCCCUACCCUCCUCCUCUGCCUCCUAACCCUUGUGGCUGGUGGCACACCAUCUUCGUCUCCAACCCCAAGUGUUCAUCCGACCCACUAUACUUCAACAUUCAAUAGAAGUCUUUUUCCUCCUGAUUUUCUAUUUGGUGUUGGUACUUCUGCGUACCAGGUGGAGGGAGCUGCCGAUAUUGAUGGCAGAGGAGCGAGUAUUUGGGACACUUUCACAAAGCAGCAUCCAGAGAAGAUAUGGGAUAAGAGUACUGGUAAUCCUGGAGCCGGUUUUUAUCAUCACUACAAGGAUGACAUAAAAGUGGUGAAGGAGAUGGGGCUGGAUUCCUUCAGAUUCUCCAUCUCAUGGUCCAGAAUAUUUCCCAAGGGCAAAGGAGCAAUCAAUCCCUUGGGGGUCAAAUUCUACAACAAUGUCAUUGAUGAGAUCCUAGCAAAUGGUUUAAAACCAUUUGUGACUCUGUUUCAUUGGGACCUCCCACAAGCUCUUGAAGAUGAGUAUGGGGGAUUUCUUAGCCCUAAAGUAGUGGAAGAUUUCCGAGAGUAUGCAGAUUUCUGCUUCAAGACAUUUGGUGACCGAGUGAAACAUUGGGUCACACUGAAUGAACCAUUGUCAUAUUCCACCAAUGGCUACAAUGGUGGAACCUUUGCACCAGGAAGAUGCUCUAACUACGUUGGGAAUUGCACUGCCGGUAACUCAGCCACUGAGCCUUACAUCGUUGCACACCACUUCAUCCUUUCUCAUGCCGCUGCUGUCAGAGUAUACAAGACCAAAUACCAGGCUCAUCAAAAGGGACAGAUUGGAGUCACCUUAGUGACUCACUACUUUGAACCAAAAAACAACAAUGAUGCUGAUCGCCAGGCUGCAACUCGAGCUCUCGAAUUUAUGUUAGGAUGGUAUGCUCAUCCCAUCACAUAUGGUGACUAUCCAGCAAGCAUGAGAUCUUCAGUUGGAGAAAGACUCCCAAAAUUCACAAAAUCUGAAUCCCAAAUGAUUAAGGGUUCAUAUGAUUUUCUGGGUGUCAAUUAUUAUAGCACUUAUUAUGCUGAGAAUGCUGCACCAUCAACCAACAAAAGCUUCUUCACAGAUAUGCUAGCCACUCUUAGUAAUGAUAGAAAUGGUGUCACUCUUGGAAAAUCGACUGAUUUGGGGUGGUUGUAUGUGUAUCCAAGGGGAAUUCAUGGUCUUGCGACAUACAUAAUGAAAACCUACAAGAAUCCCCCAGUCUACAUCACUGAAAAUGGGGUUGCCCAAUCGAGGAAUGACUCUAUACCAAUUGACGUAGCACGCAAGGAUGGAAUCAGGAUUAGAUACCAUGAUAACCAUCUCAAAUUCCUUCUUCAAGCCAUCAAAGAGGGUGCUAACGUGAAAGGCUACUAUGCAUGGUCAUUUUCCGACAGCUAUGAAUGGGAUGCUGGCUACACAGUUCGAUUUGGUCUCAUAUAUGUGGAUUUCAAGAAUAAUUUGAAAAGAUAUCCCAAGUACUCUGCUUUUUGGCUGCAAAAGUUCCUUCUCAAGUGACCAAGAAAUUAAAUUUAGUGUGACUUUGGCAUGCCUCGCGAGACUUUCAAUUAUUUGUUCUUCUUGUUUAUUUCAUCCUUCCCAUCGAUAUCACCAUUUUGUUUGCUUUAAAUGUAAUCAAAAUGUUGGUUUAAUAACAAUAAUAAUAAAGGGCAAAGGCUAAUGGCAUGUGACAAAGUAAAAGUUCGAUCUCAUUACGGGCCUA